AUGUUGGAGGACAUAAGAUGUUGGGCAAUGCAGAGGUUAUGGAUGCAUAAGCAAAAAAGUUUGAGUUGGGAUUUGGACAUAUGCCUAAGUAUCAGAAGGGAGAUAGAGGACUUGAAAGAAGUGCAAAGAUUUUGGGUACCUUAUGUAAGUGGCUACAAAGAAUUUGAAGUGUUCUCAGGAAAUGAGAGGUAUGUUAUUGAUCUGAAUCAGAGGUCAUGUGGAUGCAGAAGCUGGCAACUCACAGGCAUUCCGUGUGUACAUGUCAUAUCAACAAUUUCACCAUUGAACCUAGAUGUGGAGGCUUUUGUAUCAAACUCCUAUACUAAAGCCUUUUUCCUUAGUAGCUGUGAGUAUAACAUCCACCCACUCAAUCAUAGUUCUGAGUGGCCACGUGUUGAAGGACUUCAUACUAUUUUGCAUCCAUUAAGGAGGAGGUUACCUGGCAGGCCAUGUGUCAAAAGGAAAAGAGAUCAGGCAGAAAGAGAGCUAAGUGGGCACAAAAGGCAUACUGUGUCAAGGGCAGGCAUUUGUCUAAGAUGUACCAUUUGCCACCAAACUGGCCACAACAAAGCCACAUGCCCAAGUACGUCAACUCCAGCUCCAAGCACAACAAGUCUAAGUUAA